UUGCCCCGCCACUGGUGUGGAAACAGCGCCAUAAUCAAACAGCGUCCAACUUUUGUUCUCUGCGGUUUGUUUGCGGUCAAAUUUGCGCACAUUUACAUCCAGAGAAACGAAAAGUAAACUCGCUUCAUAAAGUGUGUGAUUUAAUUACGCGUCUAGUUAUCGCCCGAGAGACUCGGCGGGGCGGCCCGUAUGCUAAGCUAACGACGCUAACACAGGCAGCAGAUGCGGUCCGAGCAGGAAGCUAACGUGGCUAACGCUAGCUGAACGCACCGCGGUGUUCUCAGUGAGCAGUGACCGCUCAUAGUGCCUCUCUGUCGGCCACAGCAGGGAUGAGCUGCCCGGUGAACCUCCAGGCGAUGCCGUCCGGUGUGUUUGAAGCGGUUUUCACUCCGGAGAACGUGAGAGGAAGGAGCUCGAUGAACUCGCUCACUCCGCUGAGUUUCCCCAAGUCCAGAUCAGCUCUGUGGGACGGCAGCCCUGCAGGAGAGAAGCUCCGCCUCCAGCUCUGCGCUCACAGGAGGCCUCGGUUGGUGCUGAUGGAGAAAGCUCUGCGUCUGGCUCAGCGUCACGCCCGUCACAGCAACAAGCCCCGCCUCCACUGCUUCUUCCUGGGAUCACUGUCUGUGGACGCAGAUGAGGAGGGGGUCACUGUGACCCUGGACCGGUUCGAUCCGGGUCGGGACCAGGCCGGAGCUUCUGGCAGAGUUCCCUCUGCUCUGCUGCCCGGAGACGUUCUGGUUCCCUGUUUGUUCUCCUCGCAGACUGAGACAACGCCCGACGCUGUCGUCCAAUCGGAGGCCGAGCUGCAUCACUGCUUCAAGGUGUUGCAGCAGUUUGUGAGCAGCAGACAGACUCUGGAUCUGUCUCAGCUGAUGAAGGUCAGAGGUCGUGUUGUCUGCUCUCAGCAGUCCGACGCCGCAGCGUUCAGCCUCCGCUGGUCGGCCGUCUGUCCGUCCGCCGCUGUGGACGUUCAGCCGGUACGAGCCGUUCCCGUCAUCCCCACAGCUCUGCUGAGGAGUCUGACCAGCAUCAACCGACCGCCGCCGCACGCCGCCAACCGACAGAGAGGGUUUCUGACCAUGGAUCAGAACAGAAAACUCCUGCUGCUGCUGGAGUCGGAUCCUAAAGCCUCCAACCUGCCGCUGGUCGGGCUCUGGCUGAGUGGCGUCACACACGUCUACAGCCCUCAGGUGUGGUCCUGGUGUCUGCGCUUCCUGUUUAGCUCCGCCCUGCAGGACAGAGUUCUGUCAGAGAACCGCUGUUUCCUCCUCGUUCUGUUCGGUUCCACCCACAGAGCUCCUCAGUUCUUCCAGUGCCGAGGACCAGGACCUGGAUCGCAGCUGGACUACCAGCUGCUGACAGCCUCCCAGUGUGUCACACUGUACCAGGUGGUCUCUGUGGAGGGUCAGACUCUGCAGUGUGAGCUGGGUUCAGAGGAUCACAGCAGGCAGACGGAGAUCUUCAGAGAGGCUCAGGCCUCCUUCAGCAGAGCUGCCCCACCAGCCGCCGGUCUGUCUGUCAGCGAUCAGGACUCUGGAGUCGAGGAUGAGGACCUGUCGCCGCGGCCGUCCCCGAGCCCCCACCCCCCCGCUCAGCAGGCUCGGAGAGUUCAGCCGUCUGUUCCUGAACUUUCUCUGCUGAUUGACGGCAGCUUCACCUCCAAUCAGAGCCGCUGGCAGGACGCUGGCUCCGCCCACAGACCACCUCCUGCUCCUGCUGCUGCUGACAGGAAGUCUGCUCCUCCAACCGGAAACUCCUCCGCUCCCAGACCUGCUCCUCCUCCUCACCUCCACAGCACCCCCAACUCCAUCCAGCAGCAGCCCUGCACCUGCUGCUCCACCCACACCUACGACUGCACCUCCAUCUUCUCCCCAGGACUCCCGCCUGGUGCAGCUGCUCCUACACCUGCUGCUUUCUCAAACCACACUCCUCCUCCCUCCAGUCUCCACCCUGCUCCUCCUCCUUCCACUUACCAUCCAGUUGCUCCUUCUGUUCCUCCUUCCCGCAGUCGCGGCACUCCUUUGUCCUUCCAUCACCAUACUCCACCUCCCCCCUCAGCUCCUCCUCCCUCCCACACCCCAUCCUCUCCUCCCUCCAGCAACCACCACACUCCUCCUCCCUCCACUCGUCUCUCUGCUCCUCCUCUUCCAUCCCUCCUCCCUCCGCCUCCUGCUGUCCCGUGGUUUGGUGACUCCCCCUCUCCUCACCCCUCCCGUCCAGCAGCAGACCCUGGAUCUCCCCCGUGGAUCCCCCGUCCCUCCUGUGUGAAUCAGUGCUGCGGUCAGGUGGGAGGAGUCACCCGGUCUGAUCCCUACCAGCUCCUCCUCCAGCAGGACCGACAGCUUCGCCUCCUGCAGGCUCAGGUCCAGAUGUUGCUGGAGGCUCAGGGGAAACUUCAGUCCUCCAGUCGGCAGGUCGACACUCAGAUACCCAGGAGCACCGCCAGCAUCGCCGUGGGGACAGGUGCCAGUCUGUUCUGGGGGGAUCCUGUCCAGCCCCUCCAUCAUCAGGAAGUACAGGCUCCUCCCUCAUCCUGCCCCAGCCCACCCCCCUCACACGCCAACCUCUCUGUCAUGAGGCCUGAGGGCGGAGCUGAGGACAGUCACAUCACAGGUCAGGAGGCUACCUGCUCCCCCUCUGGUCAGCUCAGCGGUCUGCAGAGUCCGGUUCUGGGAGAGAGUGUCAGCAUGUACGAACCCGCAGACGACCAGCAGAACUUCUACCACGACCUCAUGGAUCAGCUGACCAGCCGUCUUCAGGAGUCAGACAGCAGACAGGAAGAGGAGGAGGAGGAGGAGUCCAGCCUGUCUGUGGUCCCUGACCGCCCCCAGUCCUCCCACUCCUCCCGGUCCAGGAGGAAGCAGCAGGGUCAUGGAUCCGACCUGGUGGUCAGCGCCACCUUGCGGCAGCUGCGGCAGCUCGGAGUCGACGUGGACGAAGAUCUGACCGAGUCUGACAGGAGAAAACACCAGACCGUGGAGAGCAGCAGCACUCUGGCGAGCAUCAGCCCGGCAGCGGUUCUGUCCAGACUGAGCGUGUCCGAGCCGUCGGCCAGCUCUCUGUACCCGGGAGGCAGCGUGGAUCUGAGUCUGGAGGCCAACGCCAUCGCCCUGCGCUACCUGAGCGACUCUCAGCUCAGCAGGUUGUCUCUGGGGGGCCACGCCCCCCUCCCAGCCCCCGCCUCCUCUAACGACACCCUGAUGUCUCCUAGCAACAUGUCCCUGGCGACAAGGAAGUACAUGAAGAGGUACGGCCUGAUCGAGGAGGAGGACGGCGAGGCCGAGGAGGAGGAGGCGUGUGCUCGCCAGCCGCUAACCGAGGCUCUGAAUGUGAAGCUCCUCCCACAGAGUCAGCUGAUCAGGGACCUGCGGCCAAAAAUGCAGAUGUUAGCCGGCGGCACCAAACCCAGCAGCAGCGACAAGGAGAACUGUUCCAGCAGGCGGACAUCUUUAGUGAGGGCGAGCAGCCGCCAGACAGAAGGGUCAGUGGGAAACAUCCUAGACCUGAGCCGCCUGAGACAGCUGCCCAAACUGUUCUGACACCCGAGAACCAGCGGUCUGAAACCUGCUGGCGACUUUAAAACUGUUAUUUUUUAAAUGGAGUCUGGUGCGUCUGAGGUGCUCGGUGUGGAAACACUCAAACUCUUCUGAACCAGCGGUCUGAAACCUGCUGGCGACUUUAAAACUGUUAUUUUUUAAAUGGAGUCUGGUGCGUCUGAGGUGCUCGGUGUGGAAACACUCAAACUCUUCUGAACCAGCGGUCUGAAGGUGCUGGAAGAUUUUAAAAACUGUCCUAUUUUAAAUGGAGUCUGGUGUGUUCAGUAUGUAAAGACUCUGCUGGUUCAGACCCUGUGUGUCAUGGUCAGACUGGUUUUACUGGAAAUCUGCCUCCUUUAGUUUCUCUGCUUUUUAUCAGGUUUGUGUUUAUGAACUGUUUCUGUGUUUGAUCUUUUGUCACUUCCUGUUUUUAUGUGAAAUGUCUUUUGCACAGAUUUAUUUUUUUUUUAAUUUAUGACAAAUAAAAUUGAUAAUACUUUUAGUACCAGA